AGUAAAAUGUCAAAAAAAUUUAUACAAUUUUCAAUGAAUUUUAAUUUAUCACAAAACUGGGUUCAUUCGAACCGUUGUUCGUCAUAGUGUUGAUAAAAAAGCGCUCGAAAAAGAACUUUUAAUUGUGAAAAGUGUUAGAAAACUUAUCAGUACCACGAUGGAGUGUAUUUACUGAAAUUUUACUUCGGCUACUACAAACAAAAUGGCGUCAGUUUGGAAGCGAUUGCAACGCGUCAACAAACGUGCGGCCAAGUUCCAGUACACCGCCUCGUAUCACAGGGUCGACUUGGAGACCUCGCCCAAAUGGAAACCUAAUAAGUUAAGUGUAGUCUGGACGCGGAGAUCUCGAAGAGUCAUCAGCGAGCCUCUAGAAUGGGAGCCAACUCUCAAGGACCCUUUGAAGGGAUCGGUGAUAUACAAUCUACCAGAGAACCACACCGUGGCGGUCACUCUUUUCAAGGAUUCGCGCACUAAUGAACUGGAGGACAAAGACUGGACUUUUGUACUGGAGGAUGUGUCGAUGACCGGCAAGCGGCGUCGGCUGGCCGUGUGCUCCGUGAACAUGCGCAAGUACGCGAGCCUGGAGUCGUCCCAGCGGCCGCUGCUGCUGCGGCUGGAGCCCACCACGCACAAGAUUGUGUCCGCCUCCCUGUCGCUCACGUUACAUUGCGUGCUGCUCAGAGAGGGACAGGCGACAGACGAGGACAUGCAGUCGCUGGUCAGUCUGCUGUCGGUCAACAACAACUCCGACAUCGCCGUGCUGGAGGACCUGGACGAGGACGACUACACACUGUCCGAUGACUCCACUCGCCAGAUGUUGGACUUCCGUCAGCAAAUGGAAGAGAUGACCCAGAGCCUCACGAACAGCGACCUGGCGGACACCCCGUGCAGCGUGCAGAGCCUCAACCUCGACCUCACGCCGCAGCAGGCCCCGCCCGACUCGCCCACCACGCCGGUGCCCAGAGACGACAGACUCGAUUUAAAAAUAAAAAUCGAUUUACCCAAAAUCGAUUCCGUGACUUCCACCCCGAAAAUCGAUAAAACGGAAUUCAAGCCUCUAGUAUUGAAGCCCAGGACGAUAACGAAAAGGAACCUUAAGCCUUUGGAGUUAAAGACGAAUCUCAACUGCAUCGGGCUUGAGAAGGAUGAUGAGAACAGCUACGACAGUGACCAGACGCCGACCGCCGACGUGGACAAACUGCUUCCGGGGAGGUUCCACAGAGACAAGACACCGGUUCAAGACCUGCUGGAGUGGUGCCAGGCGGUGACCCGCGACUACAAGACCUGCCGGGUCACGAACCUCACCACCAGCUUCCGGUCCGGGCUGGCCUUCUGCGCCAUCAUACAUCACUUCCGACCAGACCUCAUCGACCUGUCGGCGCUGGCGGGCGAGGGGGCGGAGGCGCACGUGCGGGCGGCGCUGGAGGCCGGGGCCGCGCUGGGCAUCCCGCAGGUGCUGGCCGUGGCCGACGUGUGCGCGCGUCCGGCGCCCGACCGGCUAGCCAUCAUGACGUACCUGUUCCAACUGCGGGCGCACUUCACGGGCGGCGAGCUGCAGGUGGAGCAACUGGGUAACGACGAGACGGAGUCGUCGUACAUGGUGGGGCGCCACGACACGGACGAGUCGCUGCCCCCCGAGCUGUUCAGCCGCGAGAUCAGCACGCGUCGCUCCAGGACCGACCGCGCACGACCCAAGUCUGAAGAACUAGAAGACAAGAAGAAUAGAGUGGAGGAGCGCGGCAGUCCGGAGCGCGGCGGGGUGCGGGCGCUGUUGGGCCGCGUGCUGUCGCCGCAGCAGCAGCCGCCCACCUGGUACACGGACCAGCCGCUACCCGCUCGGCCGGAAAAGCUGAUGACCCGCAAGGAACUGACCGAUCCUUUCGGGUCCGACGAGGAGGACGAGCCGGGACCCCGGGGGACGCCCGAGCCACGAAGCAACGGAAAACUGGAAACAGUGGAGCCCGCGCCGGACCCGCCGCGCAUGGAGCCGGCGGCGACGGACCCCCUCACCCCCCCGGCGCCCCCCGCCGAGCCUAAACCGGAAACGCCGGUCGCAGAGCUGCCUAAGCCCACUCCGCAACUGUUGUCGCGGCACGAUGAGCUCAAAGAGCGAGCGAGACAGCUGCUCGAGGCCACCAAGAGGGAGGCGAGAGAGAAAGAGAGGAUCAGGCGACAGAACUCUAAGGAGGAUAAAGAACUCAAUGGCGUUAAGAAUGGCGACUUGAGUCCGAAGAAGAUAAUGACGGAGGAAGAGAGACAAGUGAUGCUGCGGGAGCGCGCGCGGAAGCUCAUAGCCGACGCGAAAGCUGGAUUGGUCAGUCCGAGUUCGCCGCUGUCCCCGUCCCGGCCGCCCCGCGCCGGCGCCGUGGAGAUCAUCAGCAAACAGUCGGUGCUGGACGAGCUCGCCGCAGAGGACAGACAGAGCGAGGACGCGAAGAGCACCAGGAGUAACUCGUGGGGCAGUGACGAGGCGCGGCGGUCCCCCCUGCAGUCCUUCACCGCGCUGGUGGACAGCCUGUCGCCCGAGGACCACGCCGCGGACGAGGGCAAGGAGUCCGGCUCGUACAUCCAGAGCGAGCUGGAAGCACUGGAGCGAGAGCAGGCCGCCAUCGACCUCAAGGCAGCUGCCCUAGAGAAGCAACUGCGGCACGUCAUGGAGGCCGCGGACAGCACCGAGGAGGAGGACAAAUUGAUGUCGCAAUGGUUCAACCUAGUCAAUAAGAAGAACGCACUCCUGAGGAGGCAGAUGCAGCUCAACAUAUUGGAGCAGGAGGAGGACCUGAGCCGCCGCUGCGAGCUGCUGGCGCGCGAGCUGCGCUUGUCCCUCGGCGUCGACGAGUGGAGGAAGACUCCCGGACAGAAGAGGAGGGAGAGGCUGCUGCUGCAGGAGCUGCUGUCCGCGGUCAACGAGCGAGACCGCCUGGUCCAGGAGAUGGACGAGCAGGAGAAAGCGAUCGCGGACGACGACGCAAUCGAGCGGAACCUGUCGCACGUCGAGAUCCAAAGGAAGAACAACUGCAUCCUGCAGUAGGGCCGCCGUCAUGCUGAUAUGUAACCUAACACGCGCCCGUAAGGUUCAAAAUCGACUAACUAGCGAGCGUUUUGUAGCGCGUGGCCAGGUCAGUGAGCCGAUGUCCACGGACCGAUCGAACUGUGACCAGAUCUAGAAACAUUAUAUUUUGACAUCUGUUUUGCUGAUGAAAUGAAAAAAAAAACUUUUUUUUUUUAAAUUGACUACACCGAAGCCACUAAACAACAAUUCAUGAACUAAAGCGAAAAAUGUAUUUAAAUGCCUAUUUGUGUUUGUGAACGUUUAUAUUUAGACCGAUAGGCGUGUGUGUACUGUAACUAAUUAUAAUUAAUAUAAUUAUAUUCGCUUAAUGUAACCUUACGUAACGUGACGUGACGUAACGUAACGUGACGUGA